AUGUCGCAGCCAAAGCUCAACCUUCGUCCGCCGCCGCAUCGCGACUUUAUACAGGGGUUUCCCGGCAUCGUUGGUUCCAACGUUCGUCCUCCCGCUCACGUUGCCGGUACCGUCGAAGUUCGUCUUGGCACCAAGGGUCUCAAAGCAGCAUGGCUACGCAUCGAACUGCGCAAACUCGAAACCCUGCCCGGAGGUGAAAGCUGGGGAGAGCUGAUUGGUAGAGGUCCCAUAGACGUGUGGUCCGCCGGCAAGGAUGACUCGUACAAGUCUGACUCGGAAAAAGGCUGGGAGCUGCUCCAGACUGCAGACUUCCCCUUCCAGGUCACCAUCCCAGAGGGACUUCCUCCGAGCGCCAAACUCGAGAAGAAUGCCGGCAUCGCAUACGAGCUCGUCACCUCACUCUGCGUUCGCAGCAAGAAGGGUUUACUCAAAAAGGAAACCACGAGCUCCAUCAUCCAGAACACCCAUCCACUUUGGCUCGACAAGCACGAGCUGCAUUCCACCUGGCCUGUCUACGCGACGCCAGACGACCACGAGGUUCUCCAAGACGACAUGCGAGUCAAAGUGUUGCGCGACCGUAGCUGUUUCGGUCCUGGCGACAACAUCACCCUCCGCAUCAUCUUGAGCUCGGACCGCAUCUCGCCUAUCAAGGUCAAGAGCAUCUCCUUUUCCAUCCGCGAGACCAUCACUUUUAAAGGCAGCGCCAAGAAGACAUUCGGUUCCAAUAAGGCGGCCUCUCAGAAAACCGAGACACUCUCGUCGAAAAGCAAGAGCUUCGGCAAAAAAGUCUAUAAAGGCGACGUUCACACCUUUGACCUCGUCUGCCAGAUCCCACGCACACACACCCUUAUGACCAUUCAGACUGCAAAACACAUCGAAGUCUCGUAUUCCUUGCGUGUGCAAGUUGAGACCGCCAAGAAGCCCAUCAUCAUCGAUCAUCUGCCGCUCACAGUCUCCAACUUCACAAAAAGCGCCUCGGAAGGUCUCAUGAACCGCAUCGGCUGGGUACCUGGUCUGUCUGCACCUGCUCACGGAGAAUAUGCAAACGACGCCUCUGCAAUGCUUCCUUCUGGCCCGACUGUACAGCAACCAGGCAUAGUGCGGUCCAAUUCGUUCGGCGGCUCCACCUAUUCCGGCAGCCGAAGCAGCUACCCUGGCUAUGCUGGCGGCGACCUGCGCCGGCGUGAUACCGUCAUGACCCAAGGCACUGCUAUCAGUGGACCCGGAAUAGCAGGCCGCGGUGUUCCCGGUCAAGUCUUCUCUUGGGGUCAGUAUGGGUCGGCGCAACCUUUUGGAGCGAGCGAUGCGCCUCGUCCAGCUUUUGCUGGUCCGCCCAGCAUCUACGAAGGUCGAGAACUGGCGCCAGAGGAAACGCGGGCCCUGUUCCAUUCGACGAACCGUCCGCAAAGCGCCAUGGUUCUGGGCACUGCCAUCGAUCCCGUGCUCAUGCCCCCGUCCUCUUAUCAAGGCCACAGCGGCACAGUGACACCGAUCGCUGAAGGCAGUGAAGACGGCCAUGCAUAUCCCAAUUUCUCACACCGCUCGCCAUACCAACAACAAAAGCAGUUCUCAUCUCAACCCGACGUCAGAAGGUAUUCGCACCUGGAUGGAGCUGCUUCUGCUGGAAGCCCGAUUCAACCGCACGGAUUACGCUAUGCAUCGGGUACCGCCAGCCCUGCUGAUCCUCGUUCUACCGCUUCUCCAGUUGAUGGCAGAAGUCCAUACAGCGAGCAGGUACCCUAUCGUGCAUCCGGCACCCCAGAUCUAGGCACGACGAGAUAUGUUCGACCUGAACCUGUCCAUCAAGCCAUUCCUUCGCAGCCGCACACAGGAGUUGACGCCAACAGUGCUAUGACUUCAGCGGAGGCGGAAAAGCAACGACUUUACGAACGUGCACGUCAACAGGCAGAACGCAAUCAACGGCGUGCUGAUGAGCGACGCGCGCUUCAUCACGGAACGGCAAGUCCAAGUGCCACCUCUGAGAUGAACGGAGGUCGUCCCUACAGCAUGUUUAAUUUGGCGUCCUCCAGUGGUGCUGCAUCGGCUUCACCUGCACCACUAGCAGCUGUUUCAGGGCUCUCGGCCGAAGCGGAAAAGAUGAGGCUUUUUGAACGAGCCCGAGCAGAAGCGGAGAGGUACCAGGGAUCGUAUCAAGAGGGUGCCGCCUUUCCUGCCAUGGGUUCGACAACCAACGGUGUGGGAGGCUCCAGCAUGCCCGGUCCAAGCAGCUCUCAGCCUAGCCAGACGAGUGUCAACAGUGCAGUGGUUUCGGGACGUACCGCACCGUAUCCAUCGUAUAUGACGGCAGAGGAGGAGAAGCGUCAGCUGUACGAACGCGCUAAGGCCGAGGCGGAUGCGUAUCAGCGUGGCGAAGGAUCGAGUGCCACAGUUACUGGACCCAGCAGCUCUUCACAGCCUCUAUCUGGUCAUCAACAGACGGCUUCUGUCAGCAGUGAGCCAGUGGCGGAUGUUCCCGGCGCGUGGCCCCAGAACCCGCAGAGAGACUCAUUUGCGAACAACGCCUCGUCGACGUCUACCCCUGUUGCAGCAAUGGCGGGCUCUUCAUCUGGUAGAAUUCCCAGCGGGGCCAUACAAGCCAUCAGCGAAAAGGAACAACUUCGUCGCUACUAUGAAGCUCGAGACGCUGUCAGUCAGCAUCUGCAACAAUCCUCCUCGUCCGGCUCUAUUGAUCCGACUCAGAAAAACAACUUCAACCAAGCACAAUCGGAACGUAUGUAUGCACCAGAAGUAGCUUCUGCCGUACACCACGCAACCCCGCACCAACCGGCGGAUACGGUUGCCACACCGACCAAGACCACGCCGUCGCAACUUGCACGACCCGUGGUCAACACGGGUGUACAGUCGUACUUGACCGAAGCAGAACAGCAGUCGGCAGAGGAAAAAGAAAGGUUGGCUUCGCACUACGCACGGAAGCAGGCGAAAGCUGAGGCUAAGGCGAAUGCGAAAGCGACUAAUGGUGGAUCAGUUGCGGGUGGCAUGGAUAUGGGACCACGUGUGCAGAGCAGUACGGCUGCAGGAGGUGCGAGUGAAAAAGCGCAGUUGGCGGCGUACUACGCAGCACGUGAUGCUAUGGAGCAGAAUCUGCGAGAGCAGUCACAAUCACCGCAGCAGAUGAGAGAAGUAGCAGCAGUAGCAGCAGUAACGGCAGCAGAUUCGUCGCAGCCAUCGAAACCCAGUGCGAGAUUAUCCUACCAACAUCACAUUCCCGAGUUGCGCGCAGCCUCCCCGAAUGUUUUCGCACCCACCACCUCGACCAUUCCCGGUGUCGCGCGUGCGGGCAUGCCAAGCAAUGGCAGUGCUGCAGCCGGCCCAAUGCGAUCAAGCGCAGACCAAUGGCAACCCAAGUAUAGUUCGCUCGAUGAUGAAUCAGAUCUGGACCUCCUGGAACCUCAUUCUCGAGCAGCAAACACGUCCAUCUCUGCACCACCACCACUGCCACCCAAGAUUCCUCUCGGGACGAGUCGCUUGGCUGUUCAGAAUCCGAAUGCUUGGCCUUAG